AUGGCUGCGUUGGUUCAAACCAUCCCGCAACAGAGUGGCACCGUUCCUGUGCUUCAAGCGCGCCCAUCAUCUUCCUCAGGCACUUUUGCCUCCCAUAACUCGGCACAAUAUCAGAAUAUGUCCUGGACCUCCUUCAAUGCCCCAAAUUCGGCCAACUAUCGCACAGGUCAACCGGUUGUGGCACCAUACACCUUUCCUCCAAACCUGAAUCAAUCCUCCAAUACGCAACAGCAUCGACAGUCGUGGUCUCCUCAUCUCCGGCCAGAACACCGAACUUUCUCUGCCCCCACCAUUCAGGGGCCGGCCCAGAUGGCCCAGUCCGCGCCUAAUCCUCGACUUCCUCACACUGCAGCUGGUUCUUGCGCUCCCCUCGCGCAAUCCCAGAGUGGAUUCACCCCUCCGUCCUCUGUCCACUGCCAACCUUCCUCCUCUCUCUGUUAUGACCAUCUCUUCCCCGCGGGCUCCGUAAAACCUUCACCAAAUCGGUACCGUCGUCCAAAUCAACGCUCUCAAUCUCCUGGCUCGAAUCCUACCCCGGCAUCUGCCGUUGCAUCCACAUCCACAUCCACUCCGUCUGCACCAGUGACCGUGGAGCAGGCCAAUGUAGCUCAGACUCCUCGACCUAUUCUACGGUCAAAGGGUCAUAACCGUUAUUCGAGUGUCGACGAUUCGUCUCAUGGGGAAAGACCUCAAGAAGCCGCCAAACGCUACCGUCGGAGAAGUAUGGGGAACAUGGAUCCCGCGUCAUAUCCCAAUUUCCAGCUCCAGCUACCCACACUGUCAACGCCGCAGCCUUCUCAAUCUGAUCCUUACGACUUUAUCGCUUUCGAUACCAAGGAAGCGCCCCAGUCGGCUCAUUCUCACCGCGAAAGCUCCGGAAGCGUUCAGUCAACACAUUCAUCAGCUCCUUCGGCCGGGGAUGGCAAUUCCACCGAAGUCAGCUCUGCUGUAAAACCCGAAGAAAAGCGAACGAGCAAGUCAUCUCCUCUGUCCCAACCCGCCUCGACAGCGCCUGAGUCUCCAAAGACCGAAGCUAAGGCUCCAACUGAAACCAAAAGUCCGGCCGCGGCAGAUUCUCCUGCCGCCAGACGUCUGGCGGAGCUCAAGAAUGAUACGAAGCGUCCUGGAAAGUCCCGUCUUCGCCGCGCUUUCUCCUUUGGUAGCGCAUCAGAGCUGCUAAAAGCAAGCUCUCAGAGCAAACGAGAGGCCAUUGCUACGGAAAAGGCGCGCCGAGAAGCUUUGCGAGAGGAGUUGGGCGAGGAACAAGCGGCCAUUGCAGAAUUACAAGAAGCUAGUGGAUUGGGUGAAAGCAUCUAUACCCAUCAAGGUGGUUUGUUCUCCGGAUCAACUGAUGCGCUCUCCAUUUCCUCUACCGCUUCAUCGGCCUCGAUGAUGCUUCGUAAAAUGGGCAAAGGAAUGAAGAAGUCUACUCGGUCCUUAGUCGGUCUUUUCCGCCCUAAGUCCGUCGCGAGCAUCAAUUCUGUUGAGGGAGCUGCGAUUGAGCCGUUAGCCCCGCCUCAAAUUUCAGUCGUCAACGUGGAAGCUGAUCGUGAGAGUGUUGCUGUUAACCCUGAUCCGAUGGAUAUGCCCCGUGGUGGUACGGUUUUCCCGAAGGUAGAGGCACCUGGCUCUGAAGUGCGUCGAUCCAAUUCCCUUCGGGAAAAGGAGCGAGUGGCCUCGGAUUCCUCCCAGUCGCGUAAGAGCAUUGUCGGGGGAGACCGAGAGCGAGCCGAAGUCUUAGCUGCAGUCCGGAAGGGAAUUCUUAAGAAGACUCAUUCCGACUACGGUGUCUCUUCGCCCGCUCAUGCGCUGAAUGGCAGCGACUCGCCACAUUCCAGUGCUCCAGCUACACCUGACGAGUCAGCUCGAUCUAGCCCCCGUCCAACCGAGCAGGUAACUAUCGCUGGUGACGAUUAUUUCCUUUCUGGCGGCGGACGAUACGCAGCUGGCGAUACGAAGAGCGCGCCUAUCACCCCUUCAUCGGUUGGUGGUCGGAAUAUCGUUUUUAGCCCUCGCAUCCAAUUCCACGAGACCUGGCCUAGUGGAGAGUACGAUCGUCGUGGCGACAUUGCGACUUGCAAUCGCUUGACUCCUCUCCUGGCCCAGCAAAUCCGGGAGGAGAUCAACAACUUCAAAAUGGAGAUGGAGGUUCAUGAAAACUCCAAAAUUUACACACAUUUCAUCUAA